AUGGCCAAACACUUCUCCAGCAAGAAGAACAGAAAGCUGGUUAUUCCUGAUAACUUGAGCUCGGCUAAUGCUUGCGCACUCGAACCUUUGUGCGAUGAUGAUCCAAAGGUCGAGUCCGAGUCUGAGCAAGCCAUCGCGCGCAGCGACACCGCACCUCAUCAGACGAAGCAGUGGAACUGGCCUGACUUUCUCUGUGGCGACCCGCGCAACGACGUCUUCAAGGAUGCUUCUCAGUCGAAAGCCAACUCAACAUCUGCGGGACGCUUCAAGCACAAUCGCAAGCCUGUGGCUCUGCUUCCAGGAAUCCUCCGUCUUCCCAUCGAAAUUCGCAAUCAAAUCUACGGCUACCUGUUCCACCAGAAACUCAUCACCAUCAGACAGAACGAUGCUUGGCCUUACCAGAAAGGAAGCCCCCUCCAUGACACCAUCACUGAAUACCGUGAGCCUGAUCGUCCCAAAGCCAUCAGAGCUAUCAAGAUUGUCGCCACCGUCGCCAAAAAGACGACCCCGGAACAGUUUCGCCGCAAGAUGAUGAAGGCUAGAGGUGUCUCGUACGAUGGCAUCCCUGGCCAAAAGCCUCAGCCCAUUGAAGGCGUCAACUGGGAGAAGUCUCUCAACAGCCUUCUGCUCACAUGCAAGACUAUCUACGCUGAAACUGGUCCAAUUCUCUACGGCAUCACUGUCUUCUACUUCGACGAUGCUCACCGCCUGAGAGCCUUCCUCAAGACCGUCUCCGACAGAAACCUUGCUUGCAUCACCAAUCUCCACAUCCAUGUGCGCACCUACGGCAUUCCUAACAAGGCCGCCGAUAAUGCCUGGUAUCAAGAGCACGUCGACUGUUGGACCAAGAUCUUUGCCAAAAUUGCCAAGAAGUUGAUCAACCUCCGCACAUUGAGAGUGACUUUGACCAUGAGAAAUGUCACCGACGGUCUCAAGCAUGCUUUUAGACCUAUCAAGCACAACACCGACUGGAGAGCCCGUGCAGGCUACAUGCUCAUGCUCCGUCCUAUCUCGACCUUGAACAAGUUGGAGGACCUGCGCGUGUCGAUCAAGGCUACAGACGACAUCAUGGCGCAGUACGAUGAGAUGCUUCCUCUCCUGAUUUACAGAUACUGGGAGCUCUCCAACAUCCACCCCGUUCCUCAUAUAGAGGACAAAGUCAUGAAUGCCCACCGCAAAUUCUUCGAGGACAUGCGAGGCGGACUUGAAAGGGCCAUGACAGAUGUUGCACGUUCCAAGAACGUCAACGAGUCCUUCAAGUCUGUUUGUCUCAAGACCUGUGAGUACAUUGAAUAUCUGCAGGACCCCAUCGGCUAUGUGCUGGUCAGAGACUCUCCCAAGAAAUGA